UAAGUGAUAGGAUAACCAAAACGGUGCAUGCAGAUAAGCUAAAGAAAGCCCCCACUCCCCUCCAACCUCAUGAAGAGCCACGCACACAAUCGCUGGACAACGCAGCUGGCAGUUCCACGUCAGACGACAGUGAAUAAACAUGUUCUUCCUCCUAACACUAGUAACAUUACCCCUCGCUUCGUGCCUCGUUGGUUAUGACUGUGGAGGGGAAGGAUUCAACGUAACCACGAUAUCGCUCCUCGACGUGGGAGCAUGUGACACCAACGACAUUGAACCAGAGAAGGAGGAAACCUAUAUCCAGCUGAUGCAAUUAUCGGAUUUCGACCGAACUCCAGCCAUACAAUGCAGAGUGGAAGUGGACAGAACAAUUACUUAUUGCGGUAUGCACUCGCAUGCCUCGAUAGUCCACAACGGUAGGCGGGAAUACCUACAAGAGAUCGGAGAACACGCAUGCAAAAGACUUCAUGAGUCCGGCUCAUUCCGUAUGGGCGAUGCCAUGGUUGACGGAAUAAUAAAAAACGCAACCAAUCUGAGAACCGUAACUCUAGCCGGAUCGGCUACUACGGAAGCGUCAUGUGAAGGCGCCCAAUACACAGAUGGAUACGGAACCUGGAAAAAUGUAGUGGUCCAAGCUCUAUUAAGAAUUACUCUAAAAACUUUUGAGGUGCAAGUUAAAAGGUCCACCGGGCAAGCUAUAAUGCCAUCAGGGGCAGAAUGUAAACUAUCACAUGGCUAUUGCAUAGACGUCGAAGGUGCAGAAACGUACUGGUCACCACUACCAGUUGACCAUUGUCACUUCGACCAGUAUGACAUAAUAUACGAGGGCCUUGCCACGAAGCUAAAACCAAAAGUCAACCAAUCUACACCAACUAUAUAUACCGUAACGACUCAGGAGACCACAUUCGCACUUACCAAAACAUCAGAAUUCGACGUUUGUGGAUAUAAACUUACGCAAACGGAACAUCCAAAGCUAUGUAUUCUAGAAACCACAAAAGGACGGACCUUUCGGACAAGAGGAAAAAUUGCCGUUGACAAUCUGGAUAUUUUCCUCUACGUGAACUCGAAGUUUGUCUACGUAGAAAAACAUAUCAAGACACAACUCACUCAGCUAUACAGGGACAUUAUGGAACAAAAGUGCGCACUGGAAAGACAAAUACUGCAAAAUGCACUAACUCUGGCUAGUGUAGCACCAGAUGAAAUGGCAUUCCGGAUAAUGAGAGAGCCCGGAUACACCGCAGUGACCAACGGUGAAGUUAUACAUAUAGUGAGAUGCGUCCCUGUGGAAUGCAAGAUUCGUCAGACUGACCAUUGUUAUAACGAACUACCCGUCUCACACCGUAACGCCUCGCUUUUUCUACUUCCACGUUCGAGAAUACUUGCCAAGACCGGAACUAUAAAAGAUUGCAGCGAUCUACUACCAGCAAUGUACAAAAUCCACGGAAGCUGGUUCCGGCUUACGCCUAAGCCAAUCGAGGUUUUAGCACCGCCAAUCAUCCAGCCGCUAACACACCCCAAGUGGCACUAUAGCAGUCCUGCGUCACUAGCAACGAGCGGCAUUUAUAACAAUGACGACCUGGAGCGACUCCGCUCCCAUAUAAUGUUUCCGGUAGAGAAACCGUCGAUGUUAAACACAAUCGCCCGAGGAGCACUGGGCGAAACCAUUCCAUCAGGCAGCAUCUCGAUGCUCAACCUUCUGGACGAGGACUCGCUCAACAAGAUAGCCGAGUCCGCUGGAGCAAAGGCCUGGAAAGGCUUUGUAACAUUCGGAUCGGCGAGCGCUGGAGUGCUCGCUAUUUUUAUCAUCAUACGGGUGGUAAAACUUGUGAUUGAUACCCUGAUCCAUGGCUAUGCAUUACAUUCCAUAUACGGCUGGAGCAUGCACCUGCUGGGUGCAGUGUGGAGCUCGGUGACCCAACUGCUGAUACAUAUCGGACGAGAACCAAAGGAUGGACCAUCAGCACCCGAAGAUGCCCCGCCCCAAACCCCUUCGUCGACAGAAGACCGCCCCCCUAAACCCGUGACAACAUGCGAAAGAGUGAGAAGUGAAACCAACACCAAUCCUACAUACACUUAUUCCGAACUCCGCAGAUACGUGAAAGACAGUCAACGUGAAGUGGAAAUAGUUUAAGAGUUCAAAAAUGUUAGCAUACGCCAACAUUUUAUUAUAAGGGGGGGGGUGUUAUAUCCCCAACGUGUUUCUGUUAUAUCCCCAACGUGUUUCACUCCCAACAUUUAUUUUCGACUAGCCUCAUAAGCAUUGUAACUAACAUUUAUUAGUCUCAUAAGUAUUAACCAAUAACUCUAUCAUUGUAACCACUAAAAGGUACUACUACCAUAAGUUACCAUUAAAGGUAAAACCCAUCGUUACCAUUACCACUUAAGCAGUUAUCAUAAGUUACCAUCUAAGACGUUACCAUCAUAAGUUACCAUCUAAGACGUUACCAUCAUAAGUUACCAUCUAAGACGUUACCAUUAUAAGUUACCAUCUAAGAUAUUACCAUCGAUCGUAUUAAUUACCGUUACCACUCCCACACUUCGAGCGGGAGUUGCGUCACUGUUGGGCGACAUGGUGGGGUACCCCCACCCGCGCAAUAUCAAGCCAAGCGUCACUCCGCCGUUGCGAGGCGAAGCAGUUCAGUUGAGUGAGAGAGUUCUAGCUCUUGCGUCACCGCGAUCGGUCGACUCUUAGGAGUCGCUCCGCGAACUCACUAUAUCUUGUUUCAAUUCCAAUUCCUUUGUUAACGAUUCCAUAUUCAAAGAUCAAUCUCGACUCGCACAAGGAGUCUAAGUUAAGUAAUCCUCUGUCGCUAGAAGUAUAAUAACCGAGUGUUAAUUAAACUAAGGUUUUGUAUUGAUUAUUAGUAAUAAAUAUUGUUCAUUUUUAUAUAAAACAGUGUCUUAUAGUAUUCAUUACUAACUCUAAUAUAAAUUACGAAGGCUAAAUUGAUUCAUCGUUCCGUGCGACUAAAUAAAACAAUUGCUUAAACAUUAUUAAAUAAUAAAACGUCUGCCACAAAAUCAUCGUCGACGUCGUCUCCAUAAAUCCACUGCACUGACCGCCUGAGCCGAGCAGAACUGCUGAGUAACACCUCGACACAUCAUAGACUAAAUUGUUUAAACAAUUGGCUGACUAACUGAGAGAUCAACGCCGUUAUACCUGUCCCGAACGCCGCAGACAGGUAGCAGAACAGCAGUCACACUAAUUCAUUACUCGUCUCGUGCUUCCCAGCCAGCAGGAAGGUAAGUAACGUUUAAAUAAAUAAUAAUUGUUAAAUCUCCUGUAACGAAAACUUCGCAUAGCAACCGCGUCGGUUACAAUUAUUCCAGCCCACGCGCGACAGUCCGGCGCCAAGACCGACCGUUGGGCUCACUUCGAGCACAAGUGUCUUCGUAACCCGACUCCUCUGGAGGGUCAGGCAAACACUUGAGUGACCCUCGCUUUCUUAGCCUGUUCAAACCGAAACUUCCUAUUAUCCCAUCCGAGAUAUUUUUCAGCGUGCAUGAAUAUAAUAUCAACCCAGUGCUCAUAAUAAAACAAAUUGGCAUGAGCUCUGCGUCCGAGGAUUCGUACUAUCACUCCCUCUUAUUUGAAUCAGAUUAUUUUCCGUGGCUCGACACCGUCUUGUGUCGCUCGUCUGAAUAUUUCCGCCACAUAUUUAAUCACCACAUACUCUGCGGCGAAUGUUUUUUGGGAGUACCCCCACGCGCGCGGUUAUACGAUCUCGUCGGGAAUCAUUACUCUAGAAUCGGCGACGCUGCGAUUGAGCAGUGUACUAAUUGCAAUACCAUUAUUCCCCGCUCCCGUCCCGCGACACGGUGUUUAACUUGCCGCGGAGCUCUAGUUCAAUUCGUGCGCCGUCUAUGCACGACGGGUGAGGACCCUCACCUCGACGGAGAAGCCUAUAUUAUCGCGAUAUCCGAGUUAGUGACGUGCCCCGGACCGCGCGAAGAGUAAUUAUCCUGAUCAAUUAUUAUAAAAAACCUCUUAUCGCGACCUUUUCUCUCCUUAUUUGAUUGAAAGAGGCCCCGCGACAUAACAUCGUCUACAACGUCGACGACAAGUGUACGGGUUUUAAAUGAUGGGUCAUAAAAUAUUUUUUGACAAUGGAAGAGGAAAAAAACGUUUCUUCUUCCUAAAAGGCUGAAACAAAUUUUUAAUACAAAAAUUUAAACAAUAUGUAAAAGAGAGAUCGACAAUAAAGAGAGAGCAAUACGUUUUUCUAAAUAUUUGUUAAAUAAAUAUUUUAAUACGAGAAAAACCUAAACUAUAUGGGAAAGAAUGAGAGGGAGAAGGAGAGGGAUACGUUUUAUUCCCA